UCUAAUAAACGAUCAGCGGUUUUCCAUCGAGCAUGGACAACCAAAAAACCUAGAGCACCUUCUCCUUCAUCUUCCAUAUACCAAGAGAAAAACCUGUCGUUUUAACAAAGGAAACCCCCCCAGCGUGGCUUCUUCUUCAGAGGUAAUACACACACAGAUACAAUGAGGGAUCCGUUCUGCUUCUUCUUCAACAAAACCAAGGACCCCUGCCCUUCAUCUUGAACCUAGAGACAUAGCAUCCAUGUUUAUAUAAUUAGACUCUAAAAUUUUUCAGCCGAAAAACUCAAAAAAGGAGCCGAAAAGAUCAUCUUUUUCACUAGACCUUUCAGCCGUUUUCCAUGAGCACACCCUAGGCUAAGCUUCCUUCUUCUUGGACAAGAAACGAAAAAACCUAACGCCUAAAAAGAUCCAGCCAUUUCUGAUCAAAACCUUCAGCAAUCUAGACCCGAGCUUCAGCGACAGAGCACACACACACAACUUAACGCCUCAUUUACUGUCCAUUGAACUCGCCGGAAAACGAGCAAAUCUGCCGCUCCUUCACCACCAACAGGCGUCUUUCAAAACCAAAUCAGUACAACCCCAAAUCAGUCCCAAAGAAACUCAAAAACCAGCCGGAGUUUAGUUUCUGUCAUUCUGGUUUAGUUCGAUAACUCCGGCGAGCUUCCAGGUUGUCCGUGGUCGUUGUUCAUGGGUUCCGUUUCAGUUUCGUCCAUGGUUUGUCGUGUCUGAGUUUAACGUUGCCUCAUAAUUAAUGUGCUGAUCCAUUUUUGAGCUCCGAGAACGAGCUAACAACAGCUCCAAAGUGAUGUAAAAACCAGCGCCGAACCACCCCAAAACAGUAGCUUUGUCAUGCCAAAAUUCGAGUUUUUCGGCGAGUCUCAAGUUUUUCUGUUUGAAUUUCGAUGACUGAGUUUCGAUGAUUGUUUCGGUGGGUUCCUUGUCGAGAUCUGUUCGUUGGUUCCGUUGUCAGUUCAAAGGUCCGAUAGCUUUCUUUGCUCCUGUUCUAGUUUUGGACGUCGUCUUCUUCAUUAUAAUUCCGGUUGACGCAUUACCCUACUGCAGAAAAGCUUGAAUCUUUGGUGAGAAAGGGAGAAAAUGGAUUCAGGUGAUGCAUCCGGAUAUUCAGCUGGGGUGGACGAUGAUUAUGAAUCUUUACUAUCAACAACUGAUGCGGAGCUCUUGAAACGGGCAUGGCGGAAUGAAAAGGCUGCUCCUGAAAUUCUUCAAUUUGAGGCUGCUUUAGUUCAGCGGUCUAGAGAACAGAUACAAUUGAUGGAAGAAACAGUGGAGGAAUUUUCAAAAAAUGGUGUUGAUCCACUCACUGUGUCUCUGUACCAGAUGGACUUGGAUAGAACUCUGUUUCUAUUGAGAUCAUAUUUAAGAACCCGUCUCCAAAAGAUUGAAAAUUAUGCAUUUCACAUACAAAAAACUACCGACUUACGGAAUCGUCUAUCUAAACAAGAGCAGAAUUUUGCUGAAAGGUGUGUUGACGAUAUGGAGCAACAUCUAGAUCAAUCUGUUCUCUCAAAGUUGCCUCAAGGUUUCAAGUCCCAUUUGAAGCAAUCUUCGCUAAGUUUGGCAGAUGACAUGGUUCCUGAGCCACAGCUGGAUCAGUAUGUAAUCUGCAGAAGCAAGAGAUUUUUAGGAGCUUUUCAGCUUGAUGACAGUGGGGAAGAACCAGUGAACAUUGAAGCCAAUGAUUUAUAUGCUUUGCCUUACAAGUCCAUAAAGCCACUCGUGGAGAGUGGGCAGAUCGAUCUGGUAUAGGAAACAAUACCCCUUUGUUUUCUGCUGAUAGGAAACUGCGGCGGCUAUGCACAAAUCAAGACUUACAUUAUCCAAGCUUAAAUGUAGUAUGGGAUGUAACUUUCUUACAAUGUUUUAACUGCUCAAGAAUUAUCUCUCACAUUGUGGUAAUCUGUUUGUUUCAAAAGAUGUUUAAUCUUCUAAUUUAUUAAUUUUUACCA